AUGGAGAAGAAGAGCGACAGGAAGGCCGAGGAGUAUCCGCGCCAGUCGUCGAUUCUUGGAACGCCUUGUAGCGUGCGGGGGCCUGACGCCACGGUACGGCGAGGACAAUUGCUGGAGGUUCGCUACCUAUGGACACCGGCCUCUCUUCAUGUCGACACUCACGCCCCGCUGUUUACACCGCCGCUAUACGGUUUUGUGCGUCUGAAGGAUUUGAAUCACCGCCUGAGUGGGUGGUUCUCUCUGGAAGACAUUGGGCUGAAGGAGGCCAAAGGCGGCGGCGGCGGUGGCAACGCAGCUGCGGGAACUGUUUCCCCGCCGCCAUGCGGGUCUACCCGCAUUCAUGGCCCUAUUUUAACUUCGGUGUAUAGGGAGGUGACGCUGGGAAUGAUUCGAACACGCCGUGAGGAGAAGCUACUGGAUUUUUUUGAAGAACGUCUUCUUCGUGACUGCCGCACACCGACAACAAUUCGAUACUUUGUGUACUUAUGCAAGUUUGUUUUUGCCCCCUGGUAUUAUGCGCCCUACGGUAUUUUUCAUAGAGAGUAUGAUCCGUUGGCACCAAUAUCUAUGGCCGAC